GACAAGUUAGCUCAAGAAUUAACGGCUUUUCGAAUUAAGAUAAGCCUCGAGUGUCUAGUAAAAGUGAAAAUGUUGCAAGUGUAAACAUUGCUUAAUUGAUUAUAAAUAAAUAUUGCAAGUGCAUAAAAUAGCAAAGAUGUCAACCUCAAUGCAGCCGAGCAAAUACACGGGCCUGGUGGCCGACCUCAUGCCCAAUAUACGCGCCAUGAAGUACUCCGGCCUGUUCAUGCAUAACUUCACCGGCGGCAGCUCGCUGACAAAGAAGAUCUAUUCGUCAAUACAUUUGGUGGUCAUUGUGAUGCAGUUGGGCUUUAUACUGGUCAACAUGGCCUUAAAUGCCGAGGAGGUCAAUGAGCUGUCCGGCAAUACAAUUACCACAUUAUUCUUUACCCAUUGCAUCAUCAAGUUCGUUUAUCUGGCCAUCAAUCAGAAAAACUUUUACAGAACGCUUAAUAUAUGGAAUCAGGCCAAUUCACAUCCCUUGUUUGCCGAAUCGGAUGCGCGUUAUCAUGCCAUAGCCUUGGCCAAAAUGCGCAAACUCUUCUUCUUGGUCAUGCUUACUACAUUUGCAUCGGCCACCGCCUGGACGACCAUUACCUUCUUUGGCGAGAGCGUCAAGUUUGCCAUUGAUCAUGAUACGAACGCCACCAUAACCGUCGAGAUACCCAGGCUGCCCAUCAAGGCAUUCUAUCCCUGGGACGCCGGCAAGGGCUUGUUCUAUAUAAUAAGCUUUGCGCUGCAGGUCUAUUAUGUGCUCUUCUCCAUGGUGCACUCGAAUCUGUGCGAUGUCAUGUUCUGCUCUUGGCUCAUCUUUGCCUGCGAGCAGCUGCAGCAUCUGAAGGGCAUUAUGAAGCCGCUUAUGGAACUCUCCGCCUCGCUGGAUACGUAUCGACCCAACUCUGCUGCCUUGUUUAGAUCGCUGUCGGCCAACUCCAAGUCUGAGCUGAUACAUAAUGAGGAGAAGGAUCCUGGCACUGACAUGGACAUCACUGGCAUAUACAGCACUAAGGCCGAUUGGGGCGCACAGUUUCGUGCGCCGACUACGCUGCAGUCGUUCAAUUCGAAUGGCAAUGGCAAUGCCAUGGGUAAUCCCAAUGGACUAACUAAAAAACAGGAGAUGAUGGUGCGCAGUGCCAUCAAGUAUUGGGUCGAGCGUCACAAGCAUGUUGUGCGCUUGGUCGCUGGUAUUGGCGAUACUUAUGGCGCUGCAUUGCUGUUGCAUAUGUUGGUCUCAACCAUUAUGCUGACCCUGCUGGCCUACCAGGCAACCAAAAUCAAUGGCGUCAAUGUUUAUGCAUUCACGGUGGUUGGCUAUUUGGGCUAUGCUCUGGCGCAGGUGUUUCACUUUUGCAUCUUUGGCAAUCGCCUGAUUGAGGAGAGCUCAUCUGUCAUGGAGGCGGCAUACUCGUGCCAUUGGUACGAUGGCUCUGAGGAGGCGAAAACUUUUGUACAGAUCGUUUGCCAGCAGUGCCAAAAGGCUAUGAGCAUAUCGGGUGCGAAGUUCUUUACCGUUUCACUGGAUUUGUUUGCAUCGGUGCUCGGAGCUGUUGUCACCUACUUCAUGGUGUUGGUGCAGCUCAAGUGAGCAACAACAACUAGCGCCAGCAACUUGACUUUGAUAAAUUAUUGUGUGCAUCAGCAUCAGCAAAUUGUGUCAAAGUUUUUACUUUUUAUUAGCAGCAUUUCCAGCAAGCUGACAAAACAGCCGCACUCUGGGCGUAUACUUGAUAUAAGCAAGCGCCUGUUCUCUACACCCCCAAUCAAGUCCACAAAUAGUAUUAUGCAAAGCUCACAAUUAUAGCGUACGUGUGCUGCUAUUAAACUAAACACACAAUACACAAAUGUUUAUUAAUUAAUACAGCUUACAGUUUGUUGUCAUGUGUAGAGCUAUGAAGCGCUGAAUGCAAAAAUAAAACUUUAUAAAAGCAAUUAGAAUUUAAGGCUUACGUUUCUUGCUGUCUGCAAUUCAUUUGAGCUCAACAGGCUUGGACCAAUUAGUGCUCGUUAUUUAUUUAUUAUGCAGCCACCCGCUCAACAAUCAACAAUAUUUAACUCUCUCGUAU